AUGAAACAAACCAAAGGAGGACUUAUGUCCUUCAAUAAUUUCUUGUCCACAAGUGAAAAUCAUCAAGUGUCCGUUAAAUUUGCUCGAGAAGGAGCAUCGAAAAAUCCCAGUAUGAUUGGCAUCCUCUUCAUUAUGACUAUUGAUCCUGAUGUAUGUACAAAAUCAAAAAUUCCAUUUGCUGAUGUUAGUCAAGUUGGCUUUUUCGAAGGCCAAGAAGCUGAAAUUCUUUUUACAACACAUACAAUAUUUCGAAUCGAUAACAUUCAACAAAUUCAUGACGAUCAUACUGAUCGUCUAUGGAAAGUUCAUCUUACCCUUGUGGGUAAUGACAACCACGAGCUAAAUACACUUACAGCACACGUACGCAACGACGUCAACUUGAAAGCACCAAUACGAGGAUGGUCUCAACUAGCUUUCAUACUUCUUAAAGUGGGUGAGCCUGCAAAAGCUAAAAAACUCUACAAAAUACUUCUCCAAAAGGCAUCUUCUGAUAAAGAGAGAUCAGAUUACAAUCAAAAACUUGGUUGGGCAUAUAAUGAUAUGGGCGAGUACUCGAAAGCGCUUUCAUCGCACAAACAAUCACUGGAAAUCCGAAAAAUAGCUCUCCCUCCGAAUCAUCCUGACUUGGCUUCUUCCUACAACGGCAUCGGUUUGGUCUAUGAUAACAUGGGCGAGUAUUCGAACGCACUUUCAUCGUACGAACGAUCACUUGAAAUCUGGAAAAUAGCUCUCCCUCCGAAUCAUCCCGACUUGGCUGGUUCCUACAACAACAUCGGUAUGGUGUAUAAUAACAUGGGCGAGUACUCCAAAGCACUUUCAUCGUACGAACGAUCACAUGAAAUCCGAAAAAUAGCUCUCCCUCCAAAUCAUCCCGACUUGGCUGGUUCCUACAACAACAUCGCUCUCCCUCCGAAUCAUCCCGACUUGGCUAAAUCCUACAACAACAUCGGUGUGGUGUAUGAUAACAUGGGCGAGUACUCGAAAGCACUUUCAUCGUACGAACGAUCACUUGAAAUCCGAAAAAUAGCUCUCCCUCCGAAUCAUCCCUUAUUGGCUUCUUCAUACAACAACAUCGGUUUGGUGUAUAAUAACAUGGGCGAGUACUCGAAAGCACUUUCAUUUCUUGAAAAAGCGCAUGAAAUCGAUCGAGAAACUCUGCCACCAAAUCAUCCACAUAUUGCACAGUCGAAAAGAAACAUUGAAGGUGUGAAAAAGAAAAUGUAA